AAUGAAAUAUACUGUUGUUGCAUACAGGACAGCCUGUUCAGAGGACUAAACUGCACGGAGCAAAGCGCGGAGCUGUACUUCAAGACGCGAACGUUAUCCGUCUGCGUGCCACAGCAGCUGUCAGAAUGCUCAGACACCAUUGACUUCACUUUUGAUCAGGACAAAUGCCUACUUAGAGUUAUGGGCGAGCUCAGGUACUACCGGGCAACAUUUAAAGAUUACAGUGACCCAGACCACAUCCUGGACCUGUCAGUGAUUAGGAGCAUUGAUGACCUUAUGCAGAAAUGCUUUUAUGACACAUUGCUGGAUGACUCGCACCCUAUGACUUCCAUGGAACAGGAAAAUUCCUUUGAGGGGAGACUGAAACUGUGCAAAACCCUCAAGGGCUUCCAGCGUCGACCACUAAUCGAAAACUUUCAAGAGUCCUGCAUUUGGCAAAGACAUCAUUCAGACCUUCACCGAGGUCAUCACGAUCUUUUAUUUUAUUAA